AUAUAUUGAAAGAAAUAAAUAACAUGAUGAAGUCCAUUGUUUCCCUUGUGGUACUAGCAAUUGUGCUUCUUCAAAGCCAAGUGAUUCAAUGUCAGGAGCAGAUCACAACCUGCUCAGCAUCACUGAACAACUUGAACAUCUGCGCGCCGUUUGUGGUGCCAGGGACGAUAACCAAUCCAAACCCCAGUUUCGAUUGUUGUUCUGCCCUCCAAUUAGUAGACCGUGAGUGCAUCUGCAACACUCUCCGCAUCAUCGCUCACCUUCCUUCUCAAUGCAACCUUCCUCCCCUCUCUUGUUGAAAACUGAGCUGUAUGUUGAAUGCUGUCAAUUAUUCCUAGCUACAUGAGCCAUAGGAGAAUAAUAUCCAGAGUUUCUAAGGCAAUAUACGUCGUCGCAAACCUUGCUUUAUUUAUUUUGUUUGUGUUGUUCUUUAGGGAAAUAUGCUAUGGUCCUAUGUGAACUGCAAGUUAACAAUAUAUGAUGUAAUGUUGGUCAGUGAAGAGUCCUUUGUGUGUCAUGUGAUUUCAAUAAGACAAAAAUGUUCUUAUUUUCAAACUAGA